AUGACUACGUGUUUAAUAACCGGCUUGACGAGGAUACUUGUUUUAACGUAUAUUUUGGGGGCAUCGCUGGGUCAAUCUUUUCCUGAUCCGAGCAGUUAUCCAGCGACCGAACUAUCGACUAAUAUUGGUGAGGCUGAACCACGCGAUGGUGGAGCAGACUUAGAGUUCCGGUACCACGACCAUGAUCAGCUCACGCGUUACUUGCGCGCCAUCUCCGCCAAGUAUCCUGCACUAACAGCUCUCUACUCUAUCGGGAAGUCGGUUCAAGGAAGGGAUCUUUGGGUGAUGGUGGUAUCUGCAUCCCCGUACGAGCACAUGAUUGGCAAACCGGACGUCAAGUACGUCGCUAACAUUCACGGCAAUGAGGCAGUAGGCAGAGAAUUGCUACUACAUCUUAUACAGCACUUAGUGACAUCAUAUGAUACGGAUUCGUACAUAAAAUGGCUGUUGGACAAUACUAGAAUACAUUUGAUGCCGUCCAUGAACCCCGACGGUUUUUCCAUUUCGAAAGAGGGGCAGUGUGACACCAUACACGGCAGACACAACGCCCGCCGGUACGACCUCAACCGCAACUUCCCCGAUUACUUCAAAGCCAACACGAAGCAGCCACAGCCGGAGACUGAGGCGGUGAAGGAAUGGAUCAGCAAGAUUCAGUUUGUUGUGUCUGGCUCGCUCCACGGCGGAGCACUAGUUGCCUCCUACCCAUUUGACAACACUCCUAGUGCUAGUCCCCUAAACGCAGUCUUCCAAAGCUACGCUCAUACGCCGUCCAUCGCACCGGACGAUGACGUCUUCCGCCAUUUGUCGCUUGUGUACUCUCGUAACCACGCCAAGAUGGCGCGCGGAGUCUCCUGCAAGUCCGGCUCGCCGCGGUUUGAGAACGGUAUCACCAAUGGCGCAGCCUGGUAUCCCCUUACAGGUGGUAUGCAAGAUUACAAUUACUUAUGGCAUGGAUGUAUGGAGAUCACACUCGAGAUUUCGUGCUGCAAAUAUCCCCCAGCGCACGAACUACCAAAGUAUUGGCAAGAUAAUAAAGAGUCGCUGAUCAAGUUCCUGGCGGAAGCGCACCGAGGCGCUCAUGGGUUCGUAAUGGAUGAGAACGGCAAUCCGGUGGAGCGCGCGGCGGUGCGCGUGCGAGGCCGCGACGUCGCCUACCACACCACCAAGUACGGCGAGUUCUGGCGCAUCCUGCUGCCCGGCAACUACCGACUCGAAGUGUCGGCAGACGGAUACUUACCUCAGGAGGUAGAGUUCAUUGUGGUAGACAGACACCCUACUCUACUAAACGUGACAUUACAUUCCGCCAAGGGGUACGUGGCCGGUCGCACGACGACGCGGAAGCCUUCCCGUGUUGUCCCGAUCAACCUCGACCGUGCUGCACCAACAGUACAAACUACCGCCUCUGCCACCAGUACUACAAGCGGACAAAUACAUUUCCCCCAAGACUAA